GCUUAUGACCAAUGCCUGUCAAAAGUUUGCAAGGUCUUUGUUUUGUCAGCAAAUAAAUAGGAGCUGAUCUCCCUCUGCUCAUCACACAUCCUUCUUCAAGAAUACUUCUGUACUCACAAGUGGACGGACAGGAAAGCUUAAUUCAAAAUGAAGCUCAUUCUGCUAGCAGCCUGCAUCAUUGGGAUGGCUUUCAGUGCUCCUCCUCAGAUGUACAUGGAGUUUGACCUUCACCAUGCCCCUCCUCAGGCGGCCCAAGCAAUCCCUGCUGGAGCCCCAGUGGGGUCCCUGGAAGUUCUGCUCCCAGUUAACAGCCAGAGGCAAUAUGUUGGAGGACCAGUCCAAGGAUUCAUCAAGCAGGAGAUCCAUAGGGCAGAUGGCAAAGACGAUGAGAUUUACUACCCCUUUGGAUUUGACCAGCCAGCUCCAGCUGCAGCUGCCCCUGCUGCCCCUGCUGCCCCUGUUGCCCCUGCUGCCCCUGUUGCCCCUGCUGCCCCUGCUGCCCCUGCUGCUCCUGUAGCACCAGUUGCUCCUGUUGUUAUCAUCGCUGCACCCGUUGCCAAACCCAGUGAUGAUGACGAGGAAGAUGACUAAAAAGGUCUGAGUCAGCAGCAGUUGUGCUCAUGUGUGCAGAAAGAGAUGAGGAAACCAGGAACCAGCUCAGAGGAAUAGAAACCAGACAACGAUGCUGCUCUUUAUAGCCUCUAACAAAUUUGGUGCUACACUUUAUGGACAUCAUUCCAGUCCAGAUGGUGCUUUGUUUUCUUCCUCAACAAAAUAAAAAAUAUAAUGUGACGAAAUGCAAAAUAGUGGUUUGCUGUGAAAUAUGAUUGUCCUAUUUUCCACUAUUCCUCUUUGUGAUCUUUCUAUUAAGAAGCUCAGACAAUAAAUGAAAUGAAUGCAUUAA